AUGGGGAAAACAAAGGCAUUUGUUUUAGUAUUACUUGUAUCCCUGCUGAAACUUGUAACUGCCGUUGACUCAUCUGUCGAGGGUCCCAUUAUUGGUAUCGAUUUAGGUACUACUUACAGUUGUGUUGGUGUAUUUAAAAAUGGAAGAGUUGAAAUAUUAAACAAUGAUUUAGGUAACCGUAUUACUCCAUCAUAUGUAUCAUUUGUUGAUGGAGAAAGGAAAGUUGGUGAAGCAGCUAAAUUAGAAGCUACUUUACACCCAACUCAAACUGUAUUUGACGUUAAGAGACUUAUAGGUAGAAAAUUUGAUGAUAAAGAAGUAGCAAAAGAUAGAACUUUAUUACCAUAUGAAAUAGUAAACAAUGAAGGUAAACCAAAUAUAAGAGUUCAAAUAAAAGACAAACCCACUACUUUUGCACCUGAACAAAUUAGUGCUAUGGUUUUAGAAAAAAUGAAAGAAAUUGCUCAAUCAUUUUUGGGUAAACCCGUCAAAAAUGCUGUUGUUACUGUACCUGCAUAUUUCAAUGAUGCACAAAGACAAGCUACAAAAGAUGCUGGUGCAAUUGCUGGAUUAAAUAUAGUACGUAUUAUUAAUGAACCCACCGCUGCUGCUUUAGCUUAUGGUUUAGAUAAAAAAGAAGAAACAAGUAUUUUAGUAUACGAUUUAGGAGGUGGUACUUUUGAUGUUUCUAUUUUAGUUAUAGAUAAUGGUGUAUUUGAAGUCUAUGCAACAGCAGGUAAUACUCACUUAGGAGGUGAAGAUUUUGAUCAAAGAGUUAUGGAUUAUUUUAUUAAAAUGUUUAAAAAAAAAAAUAAUAUAGAUCUUAGAUCAGAUAAAAGAGCUAUUCAAAAAUUAAGAAAAGAAGUUGAAAUUGCAAAAAGAAACUUAUCAGUUGUUCACUCAACACAAAUUGAAAUUGAAGAUAUAGUUGAAGGACAUAACUUUUCAGAAACAUUAACAAGAGCCAAAUUCGAAGAAUUAAAUGAUGAUUUGUUUAGAGAAACUUUAGAACCUGUUAAAAAAGUAUUAGAUGAUGCAAAAUAUGAAAAAAGCAAAAUCGAUGAAAUUGUUUUAGUAGGAGGUUCAACUCGUAUACCUAAAAUCCAACAAAUUAUUAAAGACUUUUUCAAUGGUAAAGAACCAAAUAGAGGUAUUAACCCAGAUGAAGCUGUAGCAUAUGGUGCUGCUAUUCAAGCUGGUAUUAUUUUAGGAGAAGAAUUACAAGAUGUUGUAUUGUUAGAUGUUACUCCAUUAACUUUAGGUAUUGAAACUGUUGGUGGUAUUAUGACUCAAUUAAUUAAAAGAAAUACAGUUAUCCCAACAAAAAAAUCACAAACCUUUUCAACCUAUCAAGAUAAUCAACCAGCUGUUUUAAUUCAAGUUUUUGAAGGAGAAAGAGCAUUAACUAAAGAUAAUCAUUUAUUAGGAAAAUUUGAACUAUCUGGUAUUCCACCUGCACAAAGAGGUGUACCUAAAAUCGAGGUUACAUUUACUGUCGAUAAAAAUGGUAUUUUACAUGUUGAAGCAGAAGAUAAAGGAACAGGAAAAAGCAAAGGUAUAACUAUUACUAAUGACAAAGGUAGAUUAUCAAAAGAACAAAUAGAAAAAAUGAUUAACGAUGCUGAAAAAUUUGCUGAUGAAGAUAAAAAUUUAAGAGAAAAAGUUGAAUCAAAAAAUAACUUAGAUAACUAUAUUCAAAGCAUGAAAGCUACUGUAGAAGAUAAAGAUAAAUUAGCUGAUAAAAUCGAAAAAGAAGAUAAAGAAACUAUUUUAAAUGCUGUUAAAGAAGCUGAAGAUUGGUUAAACAAUAAUUCAAAUGCUGAUUCAGAAGCAUUGAAACAAAAAUUGAAAGAUGUUGAAGCUAUAUGCCAACCUAUUAUUGUUAAAUUAUAUGGCCAACCAGGAGGAAGCUCACCACCACCAGGUGAAGAAGAUGUAGAUAGUGAUGAAUUAUAA